CCGUGGAGAGAUUCAACCUUUGCCGGCAAUCCGUUGACCGCUGUCAUCACGGCUGUUAUCACCGAUGUCGUCGCCGAUGUCGUCGCCGAUUUCCAAGGCGCUGUCACGGUGAGUCGGUGGCUGCCGGCCCUCCACCUCAUCCCGGGGUGGCCGAGAACGAGCCGGAGAUGCCGGGAGCAAGAUACACGUUGGCCACGGCCGCUUUCUUCCGGUCACCCGCCCCGGGUCCAACAUGUCCAUGAGGUUUCCGCUGAUGUGGCCGAUCAAUGCCAUAUCCCAGCUUGUCACCAGAGUCGAGUCGACGAUGGAGUGAAGUUGCCCCUGGGUGUGUGGUGGGUCAAGUUCAAGAGUCGACAGGGCACCUACAAGUAUGGAGUGGGCUUGGGUGCGUCUUUAGCGCUGUGGAGCGAUCCACAACUUCGUGUUCAAGCCCCUGUACGGUGGAUUUUCCGGCCCUUCCCGCUGUCAAAUCAGGGUACUGUAGCACUGGCCAGGGUGGCGAUGCUACUAAAGCAGAUGACUGGCAUUUCUCCCUUCGUGCGUCUUCAACGGCGCUUGUCUCAGUUGUAGUUGAGCAGCACAGCUCACUACGCUCCAUGACAAAUCGUUGUGCAGCGUCCGGAUGGUUGGACCGACCGAGAAACGAAGAGAGUGGACUGUUGGCUACACCAACACGACACGACACAACUGAUCAGAGCUUGAAAAUGACUACCAACCUUUGUCCUUCGAGCGGGCGCUCACCAGCUGCGAGUUUCACGCAACGAUGCCGUGACCUAGGGGUGGCUGGCUGGCCGUCAGGAGGUGUUGAUCCGACAUCAUGGCAGCUCGCCAACCGCAGUAUGCACUCUGCAGGAUACCCUCCUCACCGAGCCGCUCUCCGACAACGGCGGGUGCAUGUUGCUCCGUGGGCCGAAACUGGUAUGUAUGUCGUGGUCCGUCCGCUCUCGGGCUCUCGGCGCUAUACAACGUUACCAUCUUCCGUGAGCUCUCGCCAUCGUUUCUUGCAACAACCUAGCAACUAUGGAAACCCACGCUCUGGAAUAGUCAAGCCUGAUUUGGUGGUCAACCUUGCCAUCAUGCACCAUAAUUCGAUCUUGUCGUGCUUGUCCUCGAGCUGGCGAGCUGAAGCCUAAGAUGGGGCGGCCAAUGUGGUCCGGACCGUUGUUCCUGUUCUGUGUCUAGCUCGCUGGCAGCGCAGCUGAAAGGAUUUCCUGCGGUUAUGACACGCGCCCGCACGGCCAUUUUCUCUGCAGUGGAACGCAACGCUGCGAUCUCCGUACAGCUCGCCUCCACAAAGGACAGCACGACACUGUGCUGCAAUGCAGAUCCUAUACCCUUUGGGCUGUCGUAAGAGAUCUCAACGGUUUACAGCCUCUGUUGAGAUCGGG